GAUCGGAACCCAAGCGCUUCUCAAACUGUUCUCUAGACCGUCCUCGGGAAGCUGUAGUCCCAGUCACUGUGUGUGGCAGCGUCAACGCCAUGAUGCAUCCUGGAGUGGUCAUCUCAGGCCUCAUGCUGCUUCUCACAGCUGCUGUGGAUUCUUACACAGAAGUGCUUGGAGUGGUGGGUCAGCCUGUCACGCUGCCAUGUACUUACAUGGCAUCGAAUGGGACCUUAAUCACAUGUUGGGGUCGAGGGGAUUGUUCUUCCUCAUGUUCAGACCUGGUUAUCUGGAUGGAUGGACACCGUGUCUACUACCAGAAGGACAGUCGUUACCAGCUCAAGGGGCAGAUUUCACAAGGAAACGUGUCUUUGACCAUUGGGCGUGUUCUUCAGAGUGACAGUGGUUCGUACUGUUGUCGAGUGCAAACCCCAAGAUGGAUCAGCAUACAGGUAUUGACCUUCUUACUGAAAGUUAGACCUGAAACUUCAACAAGUCCUCUGGCAAUACCCACAAUGACAAUGAGACCCACAACUAUAACAAAACCCACAACUGCAGCAAGACCCACAACUAUAAGUAAACCCGCAACUACUUCAACAAGAGCCACACAAGCUCCAAUGUCAACAAGAGUCUCCACCUCUACUCCUCCAAUACUCGUACACACCCAGACCCCCAAACCAGUGGCUUGGAAUGGGACUGUGACACGAUCUUCAGAUGAACCUUGGAACCAUCACACUGAAGCGAUCCCAACACAAAAGCCAUGGCUGACCACCACUAAGGAAUUCAUUAUUGGAAUUUCCAUUACUGUCUUGGUGCUGCUGAUUCUUGUGAGUGCUGUGGCUGUGGCAA